CGGUGUUCCUGUACUGAUAUGAAAAUGACUCUCUUGGGACGCACUCGCUGGCAACGCAACAUUCGGCAAUGAAGCGACUAUGCUGGUAAGACUGCGAUCGUCGGCCGAGCACCUUUGUGAGCCCGAGCCUCGCCGCUUCCGCCUCAUGCCGCUUGGUGAAAGUCGGCCCCAAGUCGGCCCAGAGUUGAAUUCCGUUCGCUCCGUCGGCAUGUCGGGCUUCUAUCAGGACUCCGAGGCCGGAAUGAGUUUCAGCCCCCGCCGCCGAAUCCCGACGCCGCUGUACAACUCAGAUCCACCGCCCCGGCUUCUUGCCAUGCGUCUUCGAACGUAUCACAUAGCAGCAGCAGAAGCCAAUCAGCACAGCAG